CUCUUUGCAGCAGGGGUCCGUUGAGCUACCGCUAACGCUCGUUAGCUCGUCCGUUAGCUCCGUACGCAGUCGGUUGUCGGGACAGACGGUGUCGGUGUCGGUGUCGGUCGGUGGUCGGUCGGUCUGUGCUGAGAAUGAGCCCCAAACAUGUCAGACUUUUCCCCUCUGCUGUCUCCAGGGACGACCUGACGACAUCCUGUUCUUCCUCCAUCAUCCCAGCUGUGUCGGAUAGGACGACCCUCCCACAUCUUUCCAUCUGCUAAGGUCUGUUCUCCCCCCUCGACCCCCCCCCUUCCAGCACCGAGUCUGCACCACAUCCUCCUGGAUUGAACAGUCCCAGCCAAAGCCCCUUCAUAGAAACAGAGACCAUGUAUUGCCUACAGUGGCUCCUCCCUGUGCUGCUCAUCCCCAAGCCGCUGAACCCAGCGCUGUGGUUCAACCACUCCAUGUUCAUGGGCUUCUACCUGCUCAGCUUCCUGCUGGAGAGGAAGCCCUGCACCAUCUGUGCCUUGGUCUUCCUGGCUGCCCUCUUCCUCAUCUGCUAUAGUUGCUGGGGCAACUGCUUCCUCUACCACUGCCAGGACGCAGCGCUGCCGGACGCCGCCCACGACCCAGCGAUUGUCGGGACCUAGGAGAGAAGAAGGGGGGAAAGUGGGGGAGGGGCACUAAGGGUGAGGAGGCAUUGCUGGGGGAGUGAUACUGCCAUGCUGUAAGACUACACUUUGGGGGUGGGAGAGAGGUGUAGAGGCGGUGUUAAAGGACUGCUGGAUGGGAGUACCGCUAAUACAGAGAGUGCCAGGCCAAAGGCGGUGUUAAGGAGGAGAAGAGCCAGAGGAUUAUGGGGGGGUGGGGCGGGGGGGCCGAUUUGCCAUGCUGUACCGUAAGAUAGACUUGAAUUACAGGAGGGGGGAGACAUUAUGUGUAUUUUAUGUAACAGGAAGGGAAGGAGGGGAAUGCUGGGAGUCGGAGAUGUGUGGAGUUGGAGGAAAGAAGAAUUUCAAUUUUAGCAACUUUCAUUCCAACAUUUGAAUGAAAAGAUGAGACGUCAACCUAAAGUGACCACCGUGUUUCAGUAUUCUGGUUCCUUUCUGGCCCUCUGGCUCGUUUAGAGAGACGCCACUUUCUCCCCCAAAAAAACCCCCCGUUCGAUUAUCUUUUCAGAACGAAGACACUCUCCACCUCAAACUGCCAAAAUUCCCGCGACCGCCACCGAGAGCUGGACGCAGAGCAGCCGCGCUUGCUUCUCUCCUCGACCGCCGCAGUUGUUGACGAACUUUGUACGCCGCGUAGUGUUAAAAGAGGGAAGGCAUCUUGAUAUGUUUGUCCCCCCGCUCACCUGGAGAAAGGAGGAGAAACGUUACCGCUCACAGUCCAACCUGACGACACCCCCCCCCCGUUGGCUCCGUACACCGGCACUGGACAAUCAAUAACUUACGCUGUGAAUAACUCCUCCUUCACCGCAGCGCCACACACAAACACACCCUCCCUCCAGAAGGUGUAAUAAUGCUGAGAAACUGUCCCGUUAUUACCCCACUGUGCUCUGCAGCUGCCCCCCUCUCCUCGUCUUCCUCGGCGUGAACGUCCCCCCACCGCCGGACCCAACAUGGGAACUUUUUUUGUUUCUUUUUCUUGCUGUUUUGUUUGUUUUUCUUGUGCAUGGGUUGCCGUUUUUUCAAGUUCAGACACACAUUUUAAUUCAUUAAAACAAAAUGCUGAAAGUUUCCAAAGGGUAGAAUAAUCUGGAUGUAUGUGUGUGUGUGUGUGUGUGUGUGAGUGUGAGUGUGUGAGAACAUUUUUGUGUUAGGUGCGAUAGGUGUGUAUUUCUUUGUGAUCAUGACAUGCUGAUGAGCGUAAAUAUGUGGAGAUACACAAGGUAACGUAACAGUAGAUGGUCAAAUGGUGUCAAAUCUCCACUGACAAUACGUUUGUUAAUCAGAAAGUUCCCUUGUGUAUCGCUGCUGUAAGUGUUAUUUUUAGCUGUCAGACACAGGCUAAGGUGUUUAUACUGUGUACCUAUAUGUGUGUGUGGGUGUGUGUGUGUGUGUGUGUGGCUCCUGUCGCAGUGUUCAACAUGCUCACUGCUACAUUAUUGCUUUGGUUUUAAUUUAAAUAAAGUUUUUCCUCUCAACGUG